CUUUUCCCUUUUUCCUCAGCCCCCCGUGGAAACGGUGCAUAAAGAGAGAGCCCCGCGCCUCAGCCGGGGAGGCAAGCAGCGAGCAGACUGAGCCGCUCUGAGCUCUGCUGUUUUUCCUAGAAACGGAUCCGUGCACCUAGAAAAUAACAGGAAGGGAAAGCAGGGAGAGAAAAAAACACACGAAGAUCCUGUUGUUUUCGGUCGCUGCCCGAGGAAUAAUUUGGAGGAGAAGGAUCCAUAUUUCUGCUGCUGCCGAGGCUGCGGCGCCGGGGAUGGAGCGCGGGGCGCGGGCCGUGUAGCGGGCUCGCCCAGGGGCUGCCUUUCGGCCAGGCUCGCUCCGCCCGCGGGGGGAUUCCGGCCUCGGCCCCGGCCCGGGCGCUGCCCCGCCGGCAGUGGGAUCCCAGCAAUUGGGGGCCGGUGGGGCUGAGUCCAAGGCCUCCCCCUCCCCCGCUACACACACGCCCCCCACCUCUGCCGCCGCCGCCGGGGACAGAGGCUGGUGCCUGGGGCCCGACCCUGCUGCGGCUGCCGCUGCCUGUGCCUGGGCGGAUCGCACCCCGCGAGGGGCGGCUGGGUGCAGGGGGCGCGGGGCAGGCGGAGGAGGGAAGCUCCCGAUGUCGCGUCCGAGGCCCCGAGAGUACAAGGCUGGAGACCUGGUGUUCGCCAAGAUGAAAGGCUACCCGCACUGGCCGGCCCGGAUUGAUGAACUCCCUGAGGGAGCUGUGAAGCCUCCAGCAAAUAAGUACCCUAUCUUCUUUUUUGGGACUCAUGAAACAUUAUUUAUUAUUUCAAAGGCAAUCCAGCAACAGAGCUCGUCAGAAACUGAGGGAGAAGGAGGAAAUACGGCCGAUGCGAGCAGCGAGGAGGAAGGUGAUCGGGUAGAAGAGGAUGGAAAAGGCAAAAGAAAGAAUGAAAAAGCAGGCUCAAAACGAAAAAAAUCCUACACUUCAAAGAAAUCCUCCAAGCAGUCACGGAAAUCUCCCGGAGAUGAAGAUGAUAAGGACUGCAAAGAGGAAGAAAAUAAGAGCAGCUCUGAUGCGGGAGACGCAGGCAAUGACACAAGAAACACUUCUUCAGAUUUGCAGAAAACCAGUGAAGGGACUUAACCAACAUAAUGACUGCUGGACAUGAAGGGAAAACACAAGAAGGUUACGUGUUUGGUUGUCUAAUAUUCUUGGAUUUGAUAUGAGUCAGCACAUCUAUUCAUUGGUAUCAUCAACAGCAUCCCAGUUUGUAUGCACAUUAUUCACAUUCCUAUCUGUUGUGUUUGCAGAAAUGACAUUUUACCCUUUUUCUAAGGGAUAUCUUUUGAUUUUCAUAUUAUUUGGUUGCAUGGAGUUGCCCUUUUCCAGUGACUGAGGUUUAUGGAGACGUUGCAGAGUUGUACAUGUGGUAGAAGCCUUUUCUAAAGAGUAAAGGCAGAAACUCCAAAUUAAAUCGUUCAAAAUCUGCAUUUUUGUAAAACAAGCAAACCUUAGGAAUUAGUCCCCUACAUACAAGACCACAAGAAUCUAUUCCACCUACAAACAUAACUUUAAAUUACACCGUAUCCAUCUUUUCUUGUUUUUUGAUCCGUUUACAAAAUAAAAGAAAAAUCCUUCUUCAGCUGAGAUCAUUGCAAAGGUCAAUACUGUAAUAAAAUAUCUUUCCUUAUUAGAAGUACCUAGCUAGUUAUACUCGUUAAUAUUUCUCAAAAUCACGAUGUAAUGUACACUAUCUGGCUUAGUACCUAUAUGUGGAGUUAGUGAAAGUCUUUUUGUGUUUCUUUAGAUUAAUACAAGGAUUUUUUCCAAUGCCAACACAAUUUGAGCUCAUUCAUUUGGAAGUUUUCCAUUUCUAAGCUUAUUGUGACACAGAAACCCUAUGAAACCAAACCAAAACAUCAAAUGUUCAGUAUUGAAAGGCUUAAAAAAAGGAUCCUGUCAUUCUUCUGUUUUUGUUUUUUGUUUUUUUGUUUUUAAUUUUGGAAAUAGAUCUAGACUAGGAAGUAAGCAUUCCAAAACCAUUAUUCUGUGUACAUUAUUGUUGCUAUUGUGAUAAUAGAGAAUUUUAUUUAUUUUUAUGCCAGCUUUUAUUGUGAAAACAUAUUUAGUCUGGUUUUAUCAAUCCUUGUUAUGCUUGUCCUUGGAACAUCUUUUGCGUAUUCAAGGUUUGUAGUUGACAAGUUUACUGUAAAAAACAAAACAAAAAAAACAAAAAACAAACAAAACAAAAAAUGUAUUGUUUUUACAGAAUAAAUUUAUUGGAAUGUGUAUUGGGAGUAAGGUUUGAGGUUGUAAGCAACUAAGUUAGCGUCAUAUUUGGCUUCAUACGUGUAAUAAUGUGAGGUAUUAAUGUAACUCAAGUAUUAAAGCAAAACAUUCUGUUAACACUGAGUUGACAAUAAUAGA